AAAAAAAAAAAAGCAAAAAACUUAACGGCAGAGCACUCACUUCUCUUGCUUAUCUAUUCGCUGCACAAAAUGUCUGCCAAUAUCUUUGUUCAGGAAUCCUUUGAAUCGCAGGUUAACGAUCUCGCAUACUAUAUCUCCAAGCUGAGAGGUGAGGAAGGAGAUGAAGAAGCUCCCUACAUGAAGGAAGUGGCUUCUCUGCUUGAAUCGGACAAGAAGGACGACAUUUACUGCAAGCUUGCCAAAGACGCCUCGGUCUUCUUGACUGUCAUUGAUUCCGAGGUGGAAGGUGCCUUCAACUUGCUUCUUGUCAUUGUUCUCGAAGCACCUGAAGCUGUGUUGGCUUCUGCUGUGAAGCAAGUCAUUGAAACGCUUACCAAGACCGAAAGCUCAAAGACAAGCUUGAAGCAAAAAAUUUUGUUGAACUUGUACAACGCAUUGCCCGGUACUUCUUCGCUUCGUUAUGACACUUUCAUUGGUUUGGUCGACGUCACAGCCAAGGCCGAUGAAUUAGAUUCCUUGUAUCCUCAAUUGGAAUAUGUUGACACAUGGGCCAAGCAAUGGGGCAUUGACAAAGAAGCUGAACGUCAGCUGUAUAACCAUUUGAGCGAGAAAUUGCUUCAAGUCGGUGAAGAACGUUUAUCACUUGAUUUCUUAUUGAAGAAAUUGGCUACUUACGUUGAGGACGAUGCUGCCGCCACUGAAUGUGCCAAGGAAGCCGUGAUGCGUUCGGUCGCUAUGGAUAACUACUUUGCUUUCGAGGAUCUUUUGCAAUUCAGCGCUAUUCAAAAGUUGAAGGGUAGCCCGGAAUAUCAGUUGUUGGAUGUGUUUUUGAACGGCACUUUGUCCAGCUACAAGACUUUUGCGGAAUCCAACAAGAACAUGAUCAAGGAUGCCGACAGCUAUUUCCGAAAGAUGCGUUUGCUUUCAUUGGCUUCCUUGGGAUCGGAAAACCUAUCGCGCGAGCUGACGUAUGCCGAGAUUGCAAAGAACUUGGAGAUCUCCGAGGACGAUGUGGAAAUGUGGGUGAUUGAUGUCAUCCGAGCUGGUUUGGUUGAGGCCAAGCUGGACCAGUUGAACAAGACCGUCAUUGUGCACCGCAGCAUUUACCGUGUGUUUGGCAAGGAACAAUGGCAACAAUUGAGCACCCGACUUCGCACCUGGAAAGACAACUUGAACGAGAUCCUGGCUGUCAUCAGCAACGCAAAACUUAUUGCCGGUGGAGCUCUGCAGGGAGGAGCAGCAGCUGUGGUAGUAGAGGAUAAGACAAGCGAGAUUACCGUCAAGACCAAAUGAUGUUUUUGAAACCUAGUUCAUUUUUGUACGCAUUCUUUUUUUUUCUCUCUCUUCUUUCUAUACACGCCUUCCUAAAAAGUUUAGGAAAGGGAAAUUUGAAAAAUCUCUCUCUCCCGAAAGAAAUGUUCAUAAUAAAAAAAGUUCUCAGAAUAGCUUUCAUUACCAAUCAGGGUAUUCCAAGAAAUCGCUCUGCUGGAUGAAUUGAACAGCUUGCCAUGAAAAUUU